AUGCGUCACGUUGCUGCUUUGCUGUUGUGUGUGCUCGGCGGAAACGCCACCCCCGCCGUGGCUGACCUCGAGAAGGUCGUCAAGUCUUUCGGCGGCGAGUUCGACCAGGAGCAGGCCGAGAAGCUCGUCAAGGAGCUUGAGGGCAAGAACAUCGAGGAGGUGAUCGAGGCCGGCAAGGCCAAGCUCGCCACCGUGUCGGUGGGCGCUGCCCCCGCCGCUGGCGCUGCUGCUGGCGGUGCUGCUCCGGCCAAGGAGGAGGAGAAGGCCGUCGAGGAGGAGGAAGAGGUCGACAUGGGCGGAGGUAUGGACAUGUUCGGCGGAGACGAGGACUACUAG